AGAAUACAAUAUUGUUAAAAUUCAGCCAAUCAUGAGACAAGAUUUGUGACUUAAAUAAUUCUUGUCUUGUAUGCAUCUAGAUUAUCAGGAUAAUCAAAAUUAUAAUACUGAAAAAACUAGCAGCAUUCAUGAUUGUUGUGUGGCCUAUUAACACUCAUAAAAAACCAAACUGAGCACCUCAUGUGAAAAAUCAAUGAUGUUAAGCAGAGUUCACAAUGUCAUGCACCUCUGUGGAAAUUAUCAUUGCAUCCUAAGAAGGUUCAAAUGGGGAUGACAAUGAGCCGGAUCGGGCGUGUGUAACCCAUCAGAUAUACCGGGUAUUUAAUACUUUUUCCUCAAUAAAAUGAUGAGAAAUCAUAAUUUAUUACAUGUAAAAUGCAUCAACACAUACUUAUAUUGCAUAACACAACAUAUAAUCCUACAACAAUUAACACUACUAAAACAAAAACACAAAAUUGCUAAAACGACGUCGUAUUCUCACUGCAAAAUCAAUAGAAGAAAAAGGAGUCGGCACCUGUGGACCCCACACUUCACAUGGCCCACAACCGGGAAGACUCGACUCUCUUUCCACACUCCCACCGCUGCAUGUGAACCCAAACAACAAGUACACCACCGAAUUCUUUUUAAUAAUAAUAAAAUCGAGUCCACUCUCUAAACACUUCAAUUUUCAAAACCCUUUCAAUUUUAAAAAACGCCAACAAAAUCACAGCAAAUUACAAACAGCCACCUCAUCAGCUAGCCCAGCUGCUUAAAAGCCUUCAAAAGCAGAUCGGAGAGGCCAGACCAGAGCCAUCAGAUCAGCCAUGGCGAAUCCGACGGUCACUGUUAUUCUCAUCGCCAUCACCGCCACAGCUGCCGCAGCAGCUGCGCCUCCGGCUACUCAAUACACAAACCACACCGUCGGUGGGCCCACCGGCUGGUUCUUCAACGCCACCACCAACUCUUCCUUCGCCAAUUACUCCUCUUGGGCCGCCUCCCAGACCUUCAAUCUUGGCGAUUACCUCAUCUUCAACACAAGCACAAACCAGACGGUGAUUGAAACCUACAACGAAACGACAUACCGUGGCUGCACACCGGACGACGACGCGUUCGAGUACGGCGGCGGCAGCAAUGCGUUCGGGGAGGCGCAGACCAUCGCGGUACCGUUGACCCUCGAGGGUCCCGCCUACUACUUCUCCGGAGCCGGCGACGGCGAGCAGUGCCAGCAGGGCAUGGCCUUCGCGAUCCAAGUCAACAAGGGGCUCGGGUUGCCGCCGAUCCUCAACCAACCUCCGCCUCCGCCGUACAGUGAGCCUCCGAGUGCUUCGACUCAGUCACCGCCUGUGACCGUCGCCGGAGAUCAGACGCCGGGGAAUGGAGGAAUGAGAAGCGGUGCUAACAUGCGCGAGGGGUUAUUUGGGCUUCUUGCUUUGCUGCUGCUUCUUAGGCUGUGAGGAUAAGAUUUGUAUUUGGCUUCUUGUUGUAUGGUAGUUUUGUAAUUUUGAUUAUUAGUCGAGGGGAUUUGAAGAUAAUUUACAAGAACAUCCUUGAGGUUUAUUGUAGCACUCUCAAAAUAAGGUUUAGGAUUUGGAAAUUACGACAUGAAAGAUUUUGAUUAUGAUUGUGCGCUUUUCCUCAUACAGUAUUGGGGAUGAGCAAGGUUCGGUUUGGUAAUCAAUGUAACAUUAUAGUUUAUUAGAAAAUAAAUAAAUAUUCUUGAUUUUUUUGUUGUUGUCAAA